GUUGGUUCCGGGGCGGGGCCAGGGGUCGGGAAGAUGGCGGCGAAGGCGAUGGUGGGAGCUUUGGGGCGGGCGAUGCUGCAGCGCGGCUGGGGCCUGGUGUCCGCUCGAGGGCCCGGCUCAUCUCUCCGGACUCGACACGCUCUUUAUAGGGCGAUGGCAUCGGGAGGGAUUCCGACAGAUGAAGAGCAAGCGACUGGUAUAGAAAAGAUGAUCAUGCAGGCUAUGAAAACUGGAAAGGAUCCCUUCAAUAUGUUGAAACCCAAGGAAUACGCUGGGACCAAGGACGAUCCUCACAUAGUACCAUCUGUCACCAACAAGAGGCUUGUAGGCUGCGUUUGUGAGGAAGACAAUACUGCAGUUAUCUGGUUUUGGCUUCAUGAGGGAGAUGCUCAGCGCUGCCCUUCCUGUGGGGCUCAUUACCAACUGGUACCCCACCAUCACUGAAUGAGGACAGUGUAGGGUACAGUCGGUUUACUCAACUGCAUUCCAUGGAUCUCACUUGGUGUUUGUGGUUUGGGACUCAAUGUUGUACACUCCGUUGUUAGUCACUAUAUUCUUGCAGAAAUAGAAAAUAUUAAACAUCAAGUUUACCUGUCA